UGGGCGCCUGGUACUUCCCCGCCGCGGUCGCGGCGGCACCGGCGGCCGGCAAUCCCGCGGUGGUCGGGGCGACGCUCGCCUUCACGCGUUCCUCUGGGGCGGUCUCCGUCGCAUCCCUCAUCAUGGCCCUGGUGGAAAUGGCGAAGCGGAAUCAGCGGAAGACGUUCAAGUGCAACCCCAUCCGGUGCUUGAUCGCAAUGAUCUGGUGCUGGGUUCAGUCGAUUGUCGAGGCGCUGUCGCGCUUCAGCCUGGUGGCCCACAUGUUCCACGGCGGUAGCCUCACGGAGGCGGCCUACAAGACCACGGACAUACUGAAGCGGCGCCUGAGCCAGGCCGUCAUCGCCGACAGCAUCGUCCACAAGGAGAUGACGCAGAUCUCGAUGCUCCUCGGCACCGCGAUGGGAUUUGCGGUUUGGGCCUACCUGGACAAGGAGGAAAACCUUGGGGUCUUUGCCGCGAUCGGGCACGGGGCGCACGACAUAGGUGGGAAAGGCGAGCAGUAUAUGAUCAUUGCGUUGAUCCUCGUGAUGCUGUUCUUUGUGCGCAACCCUCUUUUCACGAUUGUCGUGGUGAUCCUCAUCAACGCCAACUUCAGCAUCACCGACAAGACGGUCAAUUCCUUCAGCAUCAGCAUUUUCUUCGCGUCGAUCUCCGCUAUUAUCUUCACAUACUUUGCCCACGUGAUCGCGUGCUCGUGCGACGUGAUCUGCUACUCCUUCGCCAUCGAGGCCGAAAAGGGGGAGCAACAGGAGCGCAUGACUGAGCUCUACGACCUCUUUCGUCGCCAGGCCUUUCAGGCGGACGCCUCGCAGGCUAUGCGCUACCCCGCCGAGGUGGAAGCGCCUGCCCAUCAUUCGGCCCGAGUCAUUGCUUACCGCGCGCAGCCCUGA